GGGCGCAUGCGUAGUGUCGACUGUUCUAGCGCAGCGAGGGACAUCCGUUCCGGCCGCUUCCGGUUGGUGGACAGCAAGCGAGCUAGAGCUUUUGCGUCGUCAAGGCGACGUCGCUCGUCGAAGGGAGUGAACAGGAGCAGGAACCAGAAACCUUUGGGAAGAUGGUGAAUGUUUUGAAAGGAAUACUUAUAGAAUGUGACCCAGCUAUGAAACAGUUCCUGCUGUACUUGGAUGAGUCAAAUGCCCUAGGGAAGAAGUUCAUCAUACAAGACUUGGAUGAAACGCAUGUUUUUGUGUUAGCUGAGAUGAUUAACUGCCUGCAGGAGAAAGUGGGAGAAUUAAUGGACCAGAACUCUUUUCCCAUUACACAGAAAUAGACAGUGGGUUAAGUAUUGUCUCUUCCACACUGUACCUAUCAUGUGGAAUUGAAAUUCUCUGUAUAGAUUUUCCUGGUGACUGAUUUGGGUCAGAGUGGAUAGACGUGGUCCCUCUCAUAAAUGUGCUGUUAUUUAUUUAGAUUAUGUGCUUAGGGUUUUUUUCCCCUCAAUGUGAGAAGUAUUUGCAGUUCUGGUGAAAAUAAAGUGACUGUCAUUACAUGUUA